GAUGGGUGGAACGGUUUCCCUCCACAACCACUUGCUCCUCAUCUACUUUUCUCCUCCGCCUUAAACUCAUCCUUGCUCCUGCCUGCCGUCGUGCAUCAUCAUCUCCGGCCAGGGCCAGGGCAUUCGUCUCCGCCUCCGGUCCGGCCUCCUCCACUCCGCGCCCCCCCAGACGCGUCGCUGCGUAGCUGCUGGCCGCCAUGGCCACCGUCAUGGCCGCGGCCGUCUAGUCCUUCCCGUCCUCCUCGGCCGUCGUCGCCAAGGCGUCGCCGGCGUCCCCCUGUGCCGCCCCGCACUUCCGCCCGAGGGCCGUGCGGGCCGCUAUCCGGGCGCAGGCGUCCGCCGUCGAGGCGCCCGCCACGGCCAAGGCCAAGAAGGAGUCCAAGAAGCAGGAGGAGGGCGUCGUCACCAACCUAUACAAGCCCAAGGAGCCGUACGUCGGCAGGUGCCUCCUCAACACCAAGAUCACCGGCGACGACGCGCCGGGGGAGACGUGGCACAUGGUCUUCAGCACCGAAGGCCCUUCUUUGCCUGCGCGAGGUCUCAGAAUCCGGGGGGAAAAGAAAAGAAAAGAAAAGAUGAUGACUGUCUCUACCUCUUGCUACAUGUGCCGCUUCCUCGUCCGGGCUCCUCCGCUCAAGUCCAGGAGUGCAGUGCGCUGUCCAAGCGCCGCCCCACCAGGUGCUAGCGGUGCCACCUCCACCUCCAAGCUUGUCCUAGAGGUGAAAGAACGGCUAGCAAGGGAGCACCCAGGCCUCCCCACGGGCAGGUACGGGAGGGACGAUGACGACAUGGUCCUCUGGUUCCUAAAGGACCGCAAGUUCUCCGUCGAUGAAGCCGUCUCCAAGCUCACCAAGGCGAUUAAAUGGCGUCAGGACUUUGGUGUUGCAGAGUUAUCAGAGGAAUCAGUGAAAAGCCUGUACCAAACUGGCAAGGCAUAUGUACAUGAUUCCUUGGACAUUUAUGGCCGACCUGUGCUGAUUGUAGUGGCAGCCAAACAUUUUCCUUCGACACAGGAUCCAGUUGAAAACCAGAAGCUAUGUGCCUAUUUGGUUGAGAAGGCAGUCAACAGACUUCCGCCAGGAGCAGAGAAUAUACUUGGGAUCUUUGAUCUGCGAGGCUUUCGGGUUGAAAAUGGUGAUCUCCAGUUCCUAAAGUUUUUGAUGGACGUUUUUUACUAUUACUACCCGAAGCGGCUUGGCCAAGUUCUUUUUGUCGAUGCUCCAUUUGUUUUUCAACCAAUGUGGCAGGUUGUUAAACCUCUAUUGAAAUCAUAUGCCUCCCUGGUAAGAUUUUGUGAUGCCGAGACUGUGAGGAAGGAAUACUUCAAAGAAGAAACGGUGCCUCCUGAUUUCCGCGAUUAGGUGACAUGAUUAUUUCUUCAGUAAUUGCAAGGCAGUUCUACCUCUGCCUUUGUGUAACGAUUGAAAUUCUAAAUUGUGCAGAUUAUUUUUAGUUCUUCCAAUCCCUCCUAAAAGCUAUUUUGCAGAAAUGUGCAGGUGGUCUCGGAAACAUGACCUUUAAUUGAUUCAGAAUCGAUUGGCACCCAGGGGGGCUGGCGCCUUCCUAUACCUUUUGAUUAACUUCUCAAAAGUUGCUCAGACGGCAGCAAACGAUUGGAGAGUCCAGUAAAAAAUGACCCUGUACUUGUAUAACUUCUGCGAAGUAGAAUGCUGAGUUUAGGCUGGUGUCUGGAGUGCUCCUGUACCAUAUUUUUCUGGUUUUGGAUGAAGCUAUAUGGACCAAAUUCAUCUCUGUUGAACAAUUGCCAAUUACAUAACUUGUGUUUGCCCAAUUCCAUGGUGUAGUACCAUAACUUCUCAGUGCAGUGCAGACAACACAUGGAUUCCAUUUUUUGAUUAAAGUAUCAUCUGCUACAAAUAUGAAUCAUGGCUUAGUUUGUAGACUUCAUAAAGAAACACACAGAUUAAUCAAACCAGUCUUCGAAGAGUCUCUGUGGAUAGGAACGUUCCAAAGCAAAGUAAGAUGCAAGUUGUAUUGCAUAAAAACCAGGUACACAUCAAUCAGCUGCAUUCUGGAAGACUAAACUGCAACACAACUACAUCUGCAAUCACAGAGAAAUCAGGUAUACGACCAAUUGUUAUCUAUUGUAAAUAUUUUGUUUUUUAGGUCAACAACGGAGAGGGUCAAGCGAUCCCCACGUACAGAUGCCAGCAUGGUCUUUUACAUGGUUCCAAGAGGAGGUAAAUCGAGUGUAGCCCUAAAAAGAUCUGCCUUGUGCCACUUCAACACUUUAACCCAGAUGCAAUAAAAAAACACUUUAACCCAGAUGCUGCAUUGUGGUGUGGCAAAGGCUUGAGAAUAUGACAAUAACAGCUGCUCAAAAACUGUUGGUAGGAACAUUUAUAGCAGCAAAAGAACAAAAUGGAAUGUGUGGUUUCUUAUCUGCCUUAGAUGAGAUAAGAUUUCGGACAUGUGUAUUCAUGUUUUCGAGUGAUUUGGCACUAUGAAUGCGCUAGAUGGUUGGUUGCUUUUUUUUGUUAAUUGCUCAGGUGAUAUAUGCUGUAUUUCUAGUCACUAGUGUUGUAUUGUUUGUGCUUGUGCUAAGAUGAUCUCUUUUGCACUUGUAACAGGGGCUCAUUCAAGUACUCUACUGAUCGAAAAUGGAUGGCGUCUGUGAUGGUUCAUUCUUUUGCACGUCUUCUACACGGGUACAUUGACGGUUGAUGGAGAUGGAUGGUGGUGUAGCUGUUUUGUUUAGCAAUUAGCACUCUAGGUGUUGGACCACUGUUUUGUUAAUGGAUGCUAUGUAACAGUAGUAUGUAACUAAUGUGAACUUGUUUAGGUUGCUGUGAAACUGUUAUACAACACAUUGUUAUGGGGUUGUUACACAGCUGAUAUGUUAUGAACAUGAUAUGGAGAUAUCUUUUCCUUUUU